AUGAUAGCCAUGCGUCGGGGUGGAAUGUGGACAUUGCGUCAAUGUAGCUCGAAACCUUCAUUGGCUGUAUUGAAAUGUCGCAUGAUGUCGACACAUGUCUCGGUUAUCGGCUUACACUGGAAAACUGACGAGACGCAAUUGCGAAAGGUGUUUUCAUGCUACGGGACGCUGGAAGACGCCAAGAUUUUGAUCCCCGAGCACUCGACCAUGCAUCUUUGGGCGUCUCUAGUGUACUCGACUUUUGAUGAAGCUUUAGAGGCUGCUAGUGAGAUGAAUGGCCAGGAAUUGGAUGGUCGAUUACUGCGUGUAAGCAUUGUGGAUCCACCAAUUGGAGACGAAUCGGGCUCAGUCAUGGAGUAA